CACACAUCACUGUCGGAGAAGCCAUCAUGUUUUGCAGGUCCUCCCUACUGCUCCCCUUCCUCCUGUCCCUGUUUCUCAGUGGCACUGUUUCAGACAGUGAUCCUGUCAUCAGGAAUCAGGGUUUCUCUGUGGUGUGGAACAUGCCUACCUCAAAAUGUGAGCGUGUGUUUGGUGUUUCACUGCCCCUACAACAGCAUGGCAUCAUACACAAUGCAGAACAGAGAUUCAGAGGUGAGAAGAUAAAUCUGUUUUAUGAACGCCGACUUGGUUUGUAUCCCUACAUCAAUCGCCAGGGCGAGAGUGUGAAUGGCGGGAUUCCUCAGAAGGGCGAUCUUGACCGUCACCUUGCACUGUCAGAGGGACAGAUCCAUGCAUUUAUGCGGAGGAGUUUUAACGGGUUGGCUGUGGUGGACUGGGAGAAGUGGCAACCUCUGUGGGUCCGCAACUUUGGAAACCGACAGGUCUACCAUGAUCUGUCGAAGCAACUGGUAAGAGAGAAACAUGCAGAAAUGUCUGAGGAGGAAGUAACAUCACUGGCAACGGCUGAGUUUGAGAAAGCAGCACGGUCGUUUAUGGAAGAAACGCUGCGACUUGGAGUCAAGACUUGUCCCAAGGGAUUGUGGGGGUUUUAUGGAUUCCCUGGCUGCUAUAAUGGCCAUGGGGCAGAAGAGAGUGGGUACACCGGGCACUGCAAACCUGGAAUAGAGACACUAAAUGACAAACUGGUGUUUUUAUGGCAGCAGUCCACUGCAAUCUACCCAAGUGUGUAUGUGCACCGUGGGCUAGCGGGCCACCCAAAUACACGGCUUAUGGUAAGACACCGUGUACUCGAGGCAUUCCGAGUGGCAUCACAGCAUGAACGUGACGCUUCCCAACUUCCUGUUCUACCUUACGCUCGAGUGGCCUUUACAAAAACUCUACACUUCUUAAACCAGACUGAUCUGGAAAACACACUUGGUGAGAUUACAUCUUUAGGUGCUGCUGGUGUGGUGUUGUGGGGUGAAAUGAGGUUUGCCAAGUCCAAGCACCAGUGUGUUCUUCUCCGGGACUACAUACGCUCGGUCUUGGGUGUGUAUGUGGACACUUUGCAUCGCGGUGUGGCACAUUGCAGCAAGAGCGUAUGCAGUGCUAACGGUCGCUGCAUGAGACGCAACCCUCAUUCAGGUCACAUGAUUACCCAGAUCGACACCAGGAAUGAACUUGCCCAUGACCUGAGGUCAAAAUUCAAAUGUGUGUGCUAUGAAGGAUGGAGAGGAAAGCAGUGUGACGAGAACAUCAUGGAUGUGAAGUGAAGCCAACGCUAACACCACUGUCCUUAAAUUGUGAAUUGUACUUCAAAUUCUGAAAGGUGUAUUAGUUUUUACCCCUUCUA